GAAUCUUUUACCAAAAAUAGUAACAUUGGAUGGAGAAGAAUUAAAUACUCAUGAAAAAUUGAUUGAAUGGAUGAAUAAUUUAUACCAAAAUAAAAAGAUUGAUAUAAUCUCUUAUAGCCUUAUUCCCAUUUCUCAAUUAAGUCUCAAAAAAUUAUUAUUAAUAGAUGAACUUGAAUCAUUUAAUGAAAAACAACCCGGAGUCGUAAAUUUUGAAGAAAAAUUAAGUUUAAAAAAAUGGAUUGGGAAUACGAUGUAUGAUAAUCUAGUGAAUUGGGCUGAUAACUUACAUCUUUUUAAAGGAUUGAUAAUUAAUGAGGAUUACAAAAUAAGAAUUAGUAAGAAAAUUGCUGUUAAUCUUAAUAAGUUUCCUGAAGUCAAUUUAAUAAGUGAUAGAACUUACCCGAAAAUGAUAAUGCCAUCAACAAAUUUGGAAGUUAUUUUAAUCUCCAAUAAUAUAUUCUCGAUUAAAGAUUUAAGCACUUUCCCAUUCAUUAAAAAUAAUGUUAAACAUUAUGAAGAUUAUAUUCAUAUUUUAUUUAAACAUGAACGGUACGAAAUUCUUUUUAACAAAGAUCAUAUUAAACCCACAAAAGAAUUUGAAAAAUUAAUAGAAAGUGCUCUUAAUAGUUUGAAGCCAUUAAAAGCUUUACAAGAUAUUUUCAACGAAUAUGGUCAUUUAUUUCCUCAAAGAAUUAUCUUGGGAAAGUCUCUUAAAAAUAUUUCACCAACCACUACUUCUGAAAUUGAAUUAGAACAUCUUACAUUUGAUGAUUUAAAUGUUCCAUAUCUUUUGACACGAGAAGGAGAAGUUGUUGAAAAAAAUGAUUUAUAUGAUUGGAUUCAAAAAAUAAAUAAUAAUAAUUUGGAAAUUAUUGAAUUUGAUAAUAUUAUUCCACUCUACAAACUUCUUGAAGUGAACCAACAAAGAAAAAUAGAUAAUGUAUUAAAAAAUAAUUAUGGAAUUAUAAUGACGGGUAUUGCUGAUUUAAAAGAUUUAGAUAGUAAUAAUGUUGUGCAUUACAAGCGUAUUAAUUUAAAUUCAGAAUCAGUAUUGGAAAGUGAAGAUUAUGAAGUAUUUGGAUC